UGAUCUUGAGCUCCUAUUGGCUCCUGUCUGCGCACACGUCACAAUCAUGAUUAGAAUUGAUGAUCGGACGCUCUGAUUUCAUUGUCUAGCAAAAGGGGUCUGCUGAAGAAAUCUGCUGAAUUUGAACGCACGUCUGAUUUUGACAUCAGAAAUGCUGUUAUUACCUGCCUGUGUGCGUCAUGCCCUGUCAUAAUCAGGACAAACAGGACUGUUCCUAGAAUCAUGGCGCGUGCUCAGUGAUGGCCGCCUCAUACCCCUCCAGCCGCAGGAUGGAUGCGUGGGACCAGAGGCGCGGCCUGCAAACCAUGAAUCUUCGUUCCGUUUUCACCAUUGAACAGCAGAGGAUCUUGGAGCGUUACUAUGAGAAUGGGAUGACCAAUCAGAGCAAAGCCUGCUUCCAGCUCAUCCUGCAGUGUGCUCAGGAGGCCAAACUGGACUUCAGUGUGGUCCGGACAUGGGUUGGCAACAAAAGACGUAAACUUGCCUCCAAAGCAGACCAGAAUGGCGCAAUGUCCCACUCUUUAUCCAGUCAUAGCCUCUCCGCGGGACUCCUUUCCAACCACACUUUACCUGUUGGUACUUUAUCAAAUCCUUCUUUAGUACCUGGACCCCUCCUACCUUCAGAAGCCCUCACAGCUCGUAGCAUCCCAAAUCGGAUUCACCUUUUUCCUCAUUCUUCAAAUUUCAAACUUCAAACUCCAAAUUUCAGUACAACACCUUCCUCAACCUCUUCGUCGUCUCUUACAGUCCGAGGCAACACUAACAAUAAUAACAAUGACGUCAUAUUAACUGGUAUAUAUUCACUUAAUUCUGCUGAACGUUCUAGACAACGACCAGUGGCAACCCUGCCUCCCCAGUCAGAGUCUGCGAAUGCAGCUUCUUUUAACAUCAACCUUACGGUACAAAACAAAAAUAACUCUAGCAUUUUACCUCUUCAAUCAAAACCGGUUUCACUAGCUCAAAAUCCUUCUCCAUUACCUCCAUCAUCAGGGCCUGUAGUUCACAAUACAGCCAAGAAGACCACCUUAUCCUCUGGGGAGAUGGGUGUUAAUGUAGGAACAAGUAGUAUACCUCAAAGCUGGACAAGACAGUAUGGUACGGCGAAUACGCUCCCAUGGUCUAACAACUCAACCUCUCAAAUCAAGACUCAACAAAGACCUCAUUCAAACCCACAACCUCAAAGUACUACAAAUACUAUUACUCAGAAACUCAAAGUAGCACUACCAGUUCAAAACUCAAAUACUCCCUCAUCCACUCCUCGAAUACAACAAGUUUUUACGUUGUCUGAAAAAAGUGAAUGGAGUAAACUUAUUUCAAUUCAAGGAAAGGGUCAUAAAAUACAACAAAAUCGACAACCGAUAACUAGCCACUUGGAUACCAGUCAUAAUUUCUCAAUCGCCAUGGAAACUGGGGAUGAGGAAGAUGAGUGGCAGAGGGAGGAAGAACUGGCAAACAUGGCAGCUCAAACUUACAUCCAGAGGGAGCAGAGGAGCCCAAAUGUGGGUGAAGUUUGUAGCAGAAGAAGCAACACACAACCAACUACUAGCUCCAAAUCUACAGCAGUUCAAAGUAAUGAAGAUCUCCAUGGUUACGAGGCAGUGGCAGCUCAGACCUCGCUCACAACAGAGUCCAGCUCACAGACAGUUAGUGCAACGGCUGAUCCCUGGGUUUUAAACAACUCCCGAAAGAGAACACUCCAGGAUCGGACCCAGUUCAGUGAUGGGGAUCUGGUCCAACUUAAACGCUACUGGGACCGAGGAAUGACCAGCCUGGGCUCUGUAUGCAAAGACAAAAUCAACGCAGCAGCCAACCAACUCAACGUGGACUCUGAAAUAGUCAAAACCUGGAUCAGUAACAGGCGAAGGAAAUAUCGUCUGAUGGGUAUCGAGAUCCCUCCUCCGAAAGGGGGGCCUGCAGUAUUUACAACCCCGUCCCCAGGAAAUGAGUCUCCCGUGGCCCUUAGCCCCGAUGUGGACAGGCUCCAGACGCCGGAUUUAACAGAUGACACCAUUGAUGGGCUGUCUGAAGAUGGCACCAUCAACUCCCAUAAUAGAGAGGGCGAAGAGGACAUUGACAUGUCCACUGCUUCACUGGCUAACAAUGUGAAAAUAGAAGUCAGUGACGAUGAUGAGGAAGUGAAUGAAGAUGGUGUCAACAUGAUGGCUUCGGACCUCGAGCAAAUGCAAAGCCUGCUUGAAUUUAAGCAUGAAGAAGUGCAGUUCCUUGAAAAUGAGCUAGAGAACCAAAAACAAAGAUACCAGGAUCUUGCAAGCUUCACCAAAAGCCUGCUUAUUGCUGUGAGGAACAAGGACCUAGAGAGACAACAGGAACUCAUAGACAGUCUACCUCCAUCUUCUGAUCAGGACUGGGACCUUGUGGAAGAGGACAUGCCGACUCCUGGUUCACCUUCAGCUGAAGAAUGCACUGAGCACAGGGGGUCUCCAGGGAGCAGUGGAGGGCAGUCACCACUGACCAACGAAGACUCUAAAAAAGUGCACAAAGUUACUGAACCUUCUGCAUCAGAGGGAAAACAUUGAUUUCUUGUGUAAUGCAUACAUUUAGAUGUUUUCACAUGUUCCACAUAGAAACAGGUCAUCUGACAAAUAAAAACAUGAAAUACUCGCAUCACAUCCCGCUGCCCUGUGCCUGUGGUACCUUGAUAGUUGGACUGAUGUUGCCUUUUUAUUGUAUAGUAUUUGCCUUUGCCCAAUAAACACUCACCAAGUCAC